UGUAACACCAUGUUAUUUCUUCAAUCACGUGGUUAUCACUGCCCCGUCCCAGUCCCUUCCAUCCGCAAUACGUAUUUUGUGAAAUGCAAAAUCCCUAGAAACAUCCAACCUAGAAGUGUUGCCUUGGAAACGGAUGGUGUUACCUUGGAAACUGAAAGUGCUGCCUUAAAAAAUGACAAUGUGUUAGCGGAUACCAACGUGAGCUUCGAAAGUGCAGGAAUUCUGGGAAGCGGGAUCGAGGUUUAUGAUGGAAAAGAGUAUUCUGAAAAAAAGUUCUUUGUGUGUGAUGUGCGUCUACUGACGUUUGUACCGGGGAAAGUAUUAAAUGAAAUACCGCUGAACACUGAACUGCUGUUUAAUGCCGGGAUGGCCGUUGGGAGGUUGGAUCGAGAUUUAGAGGAUUUUCCAUGCCCGAAACUUGAUCGACCAGGAUUUGCGUGGGGCCUGUCAAAUGUUGUGACCACAGUUGGUCAGCUCCUUGAAGCUGCGGUCACUGAUCAAAAUCGCUCCAAACUUGUUCGAGAGGUUUGUGAAUCUUUCAAGAAAGAAGUGGCACCAAAACUUCAUCUCUUGCCCAAACAGACCAUCCACGCUGAUGCAAAUAACAACAACAUCAUAGUCACGCCAGAUAGCAGUUUUGGUUUCAUAGACUUUGGAGAUAUUAACUACAGUUGCCGCAUCUUUGAACUGGCAAUUUCCCUUAUGUACAUCCUGAAUAUUGCUGAUGACUUGAGCUGCGGGAAUACCCGCAUGGCGGGACAUUUCUUCGCGGGAUAUUACUCGGUUAACCCGCUGACUGGAGAAGAACUUGAACUACUCCACGUGCUUGUAGCCGCAAGGUUUUGUCAGUCGCUAGUAAUUGGAGCUUACUCCAACAAAUAUCUUGACCCUGACAACGAAUAUCUGUUGGAAUCAGCCAGAAACGGUUGGAAAAAUUUGGAAGCAUUUUGGAAAUUACCUAAAGAAGAGGUGUUGAAAACAUGGCGCGAAAUUAGCGAACAUAUUGAAAUCUAGCUAAAAUUGGAUACCGCAAAGUUUUGAUUGUAGCAACUGCAAAUUCUUUCCUCACUCAACCCUCGAAAAAAGCUAAAAGAUGUAUGGUUGAUAGUUAAAAGAUGCCAAAAGUAGCGAUACUGCAAAGAUAUCGACCAUUCGAAAGCAACAGGCGUGAUCUCACAUUUAACAUGGUUUAAAAACUGAACUCAUUCUUGCUUUAGGUAACUGUUACUUCAAGGCAAUAUGCUACUCAGUUCGGUGUAAAAAAGUUCUUCCCAACAAAACAUCUGAUUCCUUUCUUCACCAUAUAUAAUGUAAGAAAACUCGCUUGCGGCUCGUGUUUUUACUAAAUUUCUGCCUUGCUGUGAAUAUUUUUUGUCGUGUUUAAUUAUGAGGGAAUAACUCAUUGUCUUAGCUUUUUUAUUUUUUAACUCCUCUAAGUUUUCUAAAUAGUCUAAACGUUGUCCCUCCAGAGUGAAUAUUAAGGGAGCUUAAAACAAUAGGAAAUCAAAAAGAGAUACUCCUAUGGUAUCGACCAUUGGAAAGUAACAGACAUCAUUUAAGUUGGUAUAAAAAAAUGAACUUAUAUUUGCUUUAGAUAACUCUUACUUCUAAAGCAAUAUGAAUCUCUUUGGUGAUAAAGUUCUUUUGAACAAAAUAUACUAUUCUUUUCUUCUCCACAUAUAACCUAAGAAAACUCACUUGUGGCUCGUGUUUUUACUUAAUUUCUACCUUGUUGUGGAUAUUUUCUGUCGUGUUUAAUUAUGAAAGAAUAACUCAUUGUCAUAGCUUUUUUAAUUGUGAAUUCAUCCAAGUUAUGAAGAUAAAAAAAUCUCUCGACAAAUUUAUUUCUGCUUGUUUUUGGUAUGUGAUAAAUUAAGGGAUGAUUCUUCAUUUUUACCUUUUUACCUCGUUAAAGAGUAUGAAACGUUCACAAAGGCACGAAUCUUACGUUUCCUCGAGUGUGUAAAGAGAAGGUGAGCCUGGUAGGCGAAGUUUCUUAGGCCAUACGAGUAGCCGAAUUUUGUUCCUGAAAUCCUCAGCGCGCGGAACUUAGUUGCCGAUUGCAGGCUAUUGCACGCUAGGAAACGAAAGAGACUGCUCGCAGUCUACGUAGCCUUUUGAGGGAGUAAAAUGUCACAGUAUGAUCCGUACUUAGAAUCGGCAAACACUAGGGGCCAUGUUGCUGCCUUCGUGAAGCGGGGACAAGCCUCUUCUUGUGUAGGUGUGCCCAUGUUGUGGGGACAAUACACAAACUAGUGCAGAGGAAGCGGAUUUGAUUUAUUUCUAUGUUGUAGCGGGGACACUUUGCGAGAGCAGAACACAUACGAUGCGACAUUGAAAAUUGAGGUCAUUUUGUCCCUGCUCCGUGGCACAGGAAUUCAGACUAGUUGAGUUUCAUGCAGCUUGUUGUAGGGACGAAAUUUUGUCGCCCUGCGCAAAACUAGGAUUUGCAACUCGCAAAAGCUGGUAUGUCACAGAAGAAAAACUGUACCUGCUUCAUGUCCUUACAACAUGCCCCCUUGGUGUUUGCGGUACGUUAUAAUUAUCAGUAGAGUAACAAGACAUAUCAACCAAAACAUCAUGCAAAUUAAAGAACUGGGGUUUUGACAACUUUUUUACAUUUGUAUUUGUUCGAACCAAUAUUAGACUUAGUCGUGUCACUUCGUUACCUCGGUCAUGUCAGCUCGUAACCAUGAUAACCGAAGGGUAAUUCAAAUUUUGUACAGGUCAAAGCGACAACUUUUACAACUUCGUUUCCAGGGCUUUCCUGUGGCAUUUGGGGGAAGCCUGGAAACAAGAUUAAUCG